AUGUUUCAAGGUAAACUAAUAAAUAAUUUUAUUUAUUAUUUUCUAUUUAUUCUUAUUAUAAUAAUACAUAAAAUAUCAACAAAAAGUAUAACAUUCAGUUAUCGUACAUGUUUACCUAAUAUUAAUUUAAUUAAUAUUGAACAUUAUUAUUUAUCAAAUAGUCAAUUAUUUCAAUUAUUUACAAAAGAUUUUCGUUUACAUAUUAUAUAUAUAUAUAAUAAUGAACAAAUUGAAUAUCAAUUUGGAAAUUUUAAUUUAUUAUUACCUUAUUCAGCUAGUUUUGAUUAUCAAUUUCAAACAGCUAUUGAUUAUUAUCAUGAAAUUGAUACAUGGCAUUAUGUUAAUAUAACAUUUAAUGAUUAUUUAUCGAAAGUAUUUAUAUCAUUUAAUGGUGAUGAAACACGUUUAAUACCAUUAAUUGAUUAUCCAAAUAAAAAUUUAACAACAACUAAAUUAAAUGUUAAUGUAAUUGUUAAUGAACAACAAACAAAUGUAACAUGUUUAUUACCUCAUUCAGGUUUUCAUACAAAAUUUAAAAAUUGUUUAAUUAAUAUUAAAACUUGUGAACAUCGAACAUGUACAUCAACGAAUAAUGCAGAACAGUAUUGUCCAUUAUUUAAAAUAUUUGAUUGUCGACCAUUUACUGAUUUGGAAUGUGGAUUAAAAACAAUACCUGUUCGUUGUUUACAGAAUCAUUGUCAAAAUCGAGGUAUAUGUUAUGUUGAUUUAUUAAGAAAUGUUACACAAUGUGUUUGUCCAUCUGGCUUUGCUGGUGAUCAAUGUCAAUAUUCAAUUGAUGAAUGUCAAUCAAGUCCAUGUCCAAAACAUAGUCGUUGUAUUGAUUUACCAAAUAGUUACACAUGUGUUUGUGAUCUAGGAUGGACUGGUGUUGAUUGUUCAGAUGAUAUUGAUGAAUGUAAAACAAUACAACCAUGUAAAGCUGCACGAGCUUGUAUUAAUCUACCAGGAACAUAUAAAUGUGAUUGUUUUGAUAGUUUUGGUGGACAAAAUUGUGAAAUGACACUUGAUCCAUGUUUAUCUGAACCAUGUUUAAAUGAUGCUAUAAAAUGUCAUCCAAUUCUUGAAAGUGAUAAUGUUGUUUUUCGUUGUACAUGUCGACCAGGUUUUACAGGUCAUCGAUGUGAAACAAAUAUAAAUGAUUGUGAAGGUAUUAUUUGUUCAAAAAAUAAUACACAUUGUGUUGAUGGAUUAAAUUCAUUUGAUUGUCAAUGUAAAUCAAAUUUUAUACGAAAUGCAGAUGGUUUAUGUGUUGAACAAAAUCCUUGUAAUUCAUCACCAUGUCAUUCGAAUGCAACUUGUUAUAAUUUAAAAGGUGGUCAAUAUCGUUGUAUGUGUCCACCAACAUAUACAGGUAUACGAUGUGAUGAAGAUAUUGAUGAAUGUGCUAUUUUUCCAUCCAUAUGUCGAAAUGGAGGAACAUGUGUAAAUGAAAUUGGUUCAUAUCGAUGUUAUUGUGCAUCAGGCUGGAUUGGUUCAACAUGUGUAAAAGCUAUUGAUUAUUGUCUUUCACAACCAUGUAAUCAAAAUGGUACAUGUAUUAAUGAUAUAAAUGGAUUUCAAUGUCGUUGUUUAUCAACAUAUACAGGUAAUGUCUGUCAAUAUGAUAUUGAUGAAUGUAUUUCAAAUCCAUGUAUGAAUAAUGCAACAUGUUUUAAUUAUCAUGGUGGUUUUUAUUGUCAAUGUUCUAGAGGAUAUUUUGGUAAACUUUGUGAGAAUUCUCCAUUGGAAUGUCAACGUUUACAACAAGCAAAUUUAUCAAUAAAAUGUAUUGAUCCUAAUUUAUGUAUUGCUAAUGAUACAGAAAAAUUAAAACAAAUCAAUCAAUUAUCAACAUAUUUAUGUAAAACAGAACAAGAUCAAAUACUUGAUACAUAUUUUACAUGUAUUAAUGAACAAAAAUUUGAUCAAUGUCAUUGCCCUUCAAAUUUAAUUUCUUGUAUUAAUAAUUCUAUUGAAUCAAAAUCAAUUUGUAAUUGUCAAAAUGGUGGUACAUGUGUUUGGAUAAAUUCAACAAAUUAUCGUUGUUAUUGUUCACCUGGUUUAACAGGUGAUAAUUGUCUUAAUGAAAUAAAUUAUUGUUCAAGUCAACCUUGUUAUAAUAAUGGUACAUGUUUAUCACAAUUAAAUAAAUUUACAUGUCUAUGUUCAACAAAUUCAAAAGGUAUUUAUUGUCAAGAAUUAAUUGAUCCAUGUGAAAGUAAUCCUUGUUUAAAUCAUGGUCAAUGUCAACGUGAAUAUCAUACAUAUAAAUGUAAUUGUUUAUUAAAUUAUAAAGGUAAUCAUUGUGAAAUAUAUCAAACACCAUGUUUAUCAAAACCAUGUCAAAAUAAUGGAAAAUGUUAUGAUUAUAAUAAUAAUAAUACAUUUGAAUGUCAAUGUCCAUUUAGUUAUUAUGGUAAAUAUUGUGAACAAAAAAAUGAUUUAUGUAAAAUACAAAUAAAUAAAAAUUUUUGUUUAAAUGGUGGUUUAUGUCAAAUAAAUAAUCAUACAAUAAAAUGUUUAUGUUUACCUGGUUUUACAGGUCUUUUUUGUGAAAUAAAUAUUGAUGAAUGUUAUAUUAAACCAUGUUCACCACAUGGUGAAUGUCUUGAUUUAAUAAAUGGUUAUCAAUGUCAAUGUAAAACUGGUUGGUAUGGUUAUAAUUGUGAUCGUCAACAAAAAGAUUUAAAUAAAUCAUUAAUUAUCCGUUCAAGUAUAUCAACAAUAUUUCAUUUAUAUCAAACAUAUAUAAAUAUAUCAAAAAUUUUACCAUAUCAUUAUACAUUAAUACCAAUACGUAUACAAUAUGAAUUUUUAACAACAUUAAAUCAUAUAUCAUUAUUAUCAAUAGGAAAACGUUUUCAACAAGAAUUAUAUCAUAAUAGAAUAAUAACGAAUUUAGAUAAUAAAAUAAUGUUAUCAACAUUUAUUGAUAAUCGUGAACAAUGGACAAUGAUUAUUAUUGAUAUAUAUCAUUUAUGGAUUGAUGUACGUAUUGGAAAAAAUUCUAUGUCACAAAGAUUUUAUAUAACAUCACCUUCACUUGAAUAUGAACUUCAAAAUGAAAUUAUAUUUGGAUAUAAAAAUUAUUCGGGUUGUAUUCGUCAAAUUGAAAUUACAUAUAAUCAAGUAUAUUCUAUUGUAUUAACAGAUCAAUUAGUUGAAUUAAAUAAAAAUAUAAAACUUGGUUGUGAAAGAACAAAUGCUUGUGAAAAUGCUAUCUGUCGAAAAAAUGAAUUAUGUCAUGAUCAUUGGUUUUAUUAUACAUGUCAAUGUCAAUCACCAUUUUUCGGUGAACAAUGUGAUCAAAUUGCUCCUAUUAUAAUAUUUAAUCAAUCGAGUUUAAUUGAUAUUUCAUUUUCACCAUCAAUUUCAAAUAUAUCAUUUUUUUUUAAUACACUUCAAUCAAAUGGAACAUUAUUUCAACUUAUAUCAUUUUCAAAACAAAAUCGUUUUACUCGUGAAUUAAUUUUACAAAAUCGAACAUUAUCAAAAAUUCUUGGUACAUUAGUUAAUGGUCAUUUUUAUUUAAUUAUUAUUGAUAAUGAAAUUCAACAACAAGAAUAUGAAUUACGUAAUGAACAAAUAUUAAAUGAUGGUCGUCCACAUCAAAUUCAACUUGAUUUAAAUAAUAAUCGUUUAAUUAUUGAUAGAAUUUAUAAUGAAUCAUUAAUAAGAAUACAUAAUAAUAAAAUUAUACCAAAUAAACUUCAAUUUUUUCCUUAUGGUUCUUUAAAUGGUUGGUUACAAGAUCUAAGAAUAAAUAAUCAAUUAAUUUCACUUAUUAAUACAACAAAAUUAAAAAAAAAAUUAAAUAUUACAAUUUUAAAUAUGAAACAAUUAGAAAAUAAUCCUUGUUAUCCAAAUAAUCCAUGUCAAAAUCAAGCAAAUUGUCUUGUAACAAAUUCAUAUGAUUAUUUAUGUCAAUGUGAAUCAAAUUGGUUUGGCCAAAAUUGUUCACAAAUAAAUCUAUGUAAUUAUAAUAACAGUAGUCUUUGUCCAAAUGGAUUCAUAUGUAAAACAAUUGAUAAUAAUAAUCAAGAAUGUUUAGCAAUUGGAACAUUUGAAGGAAAUUCAAGUAAUUUAAUUGGUAUAUUUAAUUAUAGUUCAAUAUUAUCAAAUGAAAUAUCAUUACGUUUACGUGCUCAUUUACAAACAGCACAUAUAUUAACAAUAAAAAAUUUAUUAAAUUUAAAUUAUUUUUCAUUAUAUUUAACGAAUAAUAAUUUAAUUUAUCGUGAUUCAAUAUUAAAUGAUGAUCUAUUAAUUGAAUUAAAUAAUCAAACAUUUGAACAAUGGACAACAUUUCAUUUACAAUGGUCUAAUAAUUUAACAUUAAUUUUUAAUCAUUUAUAUACAUAUUCAAUUAAUUUAACAUUUGAUGAUAUAUUUAUAUUAAAUAAUCAAAUUGAAAUUAUUCUAGGUAAUGGUUUUCGUGGUUGUUUAGAAUAUGUUUUAAUAGGUGAAAAUCUUUAUAUACCAUUUUAUAAUGAUACAUUAUUUGAAAAUGAUACACGUAUUAAUAAAAUUUCUAUAGAACAAAUAAAUAAUAUACAAAUAAAUAAUUGUACAUUUAAUAAUAUAUGUAAAAAUUUAAAUUGUUAUCAUGGACAAUGUAUACAUGAUUUUGAUCGAGGAAAAUGUUUAUGUAAUUAUGGUUGGGAAGGUGAUUAUUGUAAUAAAAAUAUUGAUGAAUGUCAACAAGGAAAUAAUUGUUCAAAAGAACAUAGUAUUUGUCAAGAUCAUAUUGAUGGUUAUUAUACAUGUAAAUGUGAUCAAGGUUUUACUGGAAAAUAUUGUGAAACAAAUAUUGAUGAAUGUUCAUCAUCUCCAUGUGCUCAUAAUGGUACAUGUAUAGAUUUAAUUAAUGGUUAUCAUUGUAAUUGUACUAAUAAUUAUAUAAGUUCACAUUGUUCAAUAUCACUUAAUGAAACAUGUUUUGGUCAUUUAAAAUCUUGUCAAAAUAAUGGUACAUGUAUAUUAAAAAGUUUAAAUCUUUAUGUUGAUAAACCUAAAACAGAAUGUGAAUGUCGUGAUGGUUAUAGUGGUCAAUGGUGUGAAAAUGAUUUAUGUCAAAAAUUAAAUUGUCAACAUAAUGGUACUUGUCAAAGAUUACCUUCUAAACAAGCAACAUGUUUAUGUACACAACAAUGGUAUGGAAAUAAAUGUCAAUAUGAUGUAAAUGAAUGUAUUAUAAAUAAAACAAAUAUAUGUUUAAAUAAUGGUACAUGUUUUAAUUAUCCUGGUAGUUAUAAAUGUCAAUGUCAAGAAAAUUAUCUUGGAAUACAUUGUGAAAGAAAACAUAUUUGUUUAGAAAAUACACCAUGUUUUAAUAAUGGAUUAUGUCGACCUGAUGGUGAACAUUAUUAUUGUGAAUGUUUAACAAAUUUUACAGGUUCACAUUGUGAAUUUCCAACAUGUGAAUCGAUACCAUGUCAAAAUAAGGGUACAUGUAUACCAGAUAAUGAACGAGGAUUUUUAUGUAAUUGUACAGGAACAGGUUAUGAAGAUGAAACAUGUAGAACAGAAAUCAAUGAAUGUCUUAGUAAUCCAUGUCAAAAUAAUGCAAGUUGUAUUGAUCAAAUUGAUGGAUAUAUUUGUGCAUGUACAAAAAAUUUUAUUGGACUUCAAUGUGAACAUAAAAAAUUUUUUGCUUCAUUGGGAUUUUCUUAUCAUUAUGUUAUAUGGCCUGGUGUAGCUAUAUUAUUAUUAUUAGUAAUUAUUCUAUUAACUGUUAUUAUUAGUCGUAUACGUGAAAGUCGACGAUCACGAGGUACAUAUCGACCAGCAUUAAAUGAAAAUGGUCAAAGUUCACGUGUAGAAUUUAGUAUGAUCUUAAAACCGCCACCUGAAGAACGAUUAAUAUAA